UCGCGGCUGAUCGCUUUUGUGUGCGCCAUGGCGCUCGUCAGCGUCGCCAUGGCGCAAGCUGACCAGGAUGAAGAUUUCUUCUCUUCACCCCCCCUCUCCCUCCCUUCCAUAUCAUCGUUCGUUUCCUCCCCCUUUAUGGGACCCUCCCCCUUCACUGGCAUUGGGAGCCUCCUCAAUGAUCUUGAGAAGGACGCCGCCCCAUCUUUCGGAAGACCUACCUCCGUGCGUAUGUUCAGGAUCCCCCUCAGUAGCUUCAGGAUGAUGCCCUCGCAAGGAAGUGACGAGAGCAAGAGCCAGGAAACCGCUUUCAUGCAGCCACGCAUUCGUGUUUUCCGACUCCCUUCCCUUCCUUCCCUUGAUGGAUUGGUCAACCGCAUGGUUUCGGACAGCCCAAGAUCGCUUCCGGAGAGGUUUUCCCGCAUUUUCAGUGGCAUGGACUGCGAUGCCUGCAGCCGUGUCAAGUCAAACAUGAAGUCUGUUCGUAUCAUGAUGGGGCCAGAUGGCAAGACAGUGCGCACCACAACUGAGCAGGGUCCUGAUGGUGUCAUGCACACUACCCGCACUGUCUCAGAUGGACGAAAGCCAUCCGAUGAUGUCGAGGAAGGUAACGGGGAUCUUCCUGAUAUUUUAAGUUCGUUUAUCAUCCCCCUUGCCGGACUGUCUCUGAAUGAUGAUCAUGAGAAGAUGGAUAAUCUUGCCAAUCGCGUUCAGUCUCACAUGAAGGCUAUCAGCAUUGUACAUGGCCGCGAUGGCAAGACCGUACAGACUGUGUCAGAGCAAGGACCCGAUGGCAAACUUCACACCACUAGGUCCGUUUUUGACGCCAAUGGCAAUAAGGUCACCGAGAACACCCCGGUUUUGAGCAGGACUGUUCCCGCAAAUCCUGUUGCUCCUACCACUGUGAAGGUUGAUGCACCCAAGAAGGAGGCUGCCCCAGCUGAGAAGCCAGCGGUGCACCACAUUACCAAAGAGGCAGCCAAGGACGCCGUGACUUCAGCAAUCGAUGUGAAUGCUAAGGAUGUUUCUAAGCUGCAUGAUGAGAAUGCACGCAAGGAAAUCGCUAAGACCAUUGCGGACAAGCUUGGCAUCAAGGAAUCCGAUGUGCAGAUUUCCAUUGACAACUCUGGAGUCAAGGUUUCCGCUGCCCCAAAGAAGGAGGAACCCGUCGCAGUGAAGACUGCCGCUGUGAAGGCUGCUCCUCUUGCCGAGUCGGCAAAGGCUGUUGACCCCGUCGCUGCUUCGAAGGCUCCUGUCAAGGAGUCAAAGAAGGAAGACAAGGUCGAAGAUGUUGAUGCCCUUGAGAAGGACUUCUUGAAUGAGGAGAAGGAGGAGCUGGCAGUGAAGAGCCGUGAGAAGAGCACUCUUUCCGAAGUCAAGAGGGCCGAGCUUGAGGCUGCUGCUGCAGUUGCCAAGAAGCAGAAGGCUGCUGACAGGCUCAAGGAUCUCUACAAGAAGAUGGAGGCAGCGACCAUGCUUAUUAACUAAAGUGUGUUCGAUGACAGUCGAGCCUGCAGAGAGUUUCUAUGCAUGCGACUUGGAUAUUGUAAAGUAAUUUACGA